AUGAGGAUGUGAUUUUUUUUAAUAUUCGGCAUAAAAUGAUUAAAGUUUAGUGGAAAUUUCAAUUAAAUCCCACGCAUUAAUCGUUUAUUAACUCUCUUAUCUCUCAGUUUUAUCUGAAAUUGCUUAAAAACUCGGCAAAAAAAUCAAGAAUUACAUCAACUAAGGCGUGGAUUAUCUCAGUGGAUUAUAUAAAAAAUGCAGUUCAACCGUGCUUUCAACUACUUUUUCGUUCUUUUGUGGAUGGGAUACAUCAUCGCAACCGGAGUUCAUCUCUUCUCAAAGGGCUUUUUAUUAACACGAGUAUCGCACACUGACUUUUUAGAAUGUACUCGUUACGAGGACUUACUUUGCAAGGGCAAUAAUGACACAAAUAAGGAAGAAUGUGACGCCACAGAUCCUUCCAAAGAUAUUUUAAACGAUUUAAACAAAGCUUCAAGUAUUUGCUUACCGAAAAAGAGUAAAGUGAUUCUCAUGAUUGUGGAUGCGCUGCGUUACGACUUCGGCAUUUACGAUUCAGAUCCUUUGAAGGAACCGCUGGCUUAUCAAAAUAAGCUUCCAAUUAUGCACGAAUUGCUGGUGAAAAAGGAAGAUCGUACGAGACUCUUGAAAUUCAUCGCGGAUCCUCCGACAACUACAAUGCAACGUCUCAAGGGCAUGACUACCGGUAGUUUGCCCACAUUCAUCGAUAUCGGCUCGAAUUUCGCAUCUCCUGAAAUAAAUGAAGAUAAUGUCAUCGACCAAAUUGUAAGAAAUAAUCUUUCGGCAGUUUUCAUGGGAGAUGGUACUUGGACCGAACUUUUUCCGAAACGCUUCAAACGUCAAUACGAUUAUCCGAGUUUCAAUAUCUACGAUUUGGAUACGAUCGAUACAAAAAUCAAAGAAUUCCUUCCAAAAGAGUUGGAAAAGGACGAUUGGGACAUUUUAAUCGCCCAUUUUUUGGGUGUCGAUCAUUGCGGGCACAAAUAUGGCCCCUUGCACCCCGAAAUGAGUCGAAAACUGUCAGAAAUGGACGAAGUAAUCCGAGAUACAAUCGCCCGAAUGGAUAAUGACACCGUUUUAAUAGUUGCCGGCGAUCACGGGAUGACCCAAUCAGGUGAUCAUGGCGGCGAAACUGUCGAAGAAGUCUCCGCGCUCUUUUUCAUGCACUCAAAAUCGAAUCUUUUUGUACCAAAUUACCUGGAAUUCGAUCAAGUACUGCAUCAAAUCGAUCUUGUACCGCUAAUGAGCACAAUUUUGGGCGUUCCCGUGCCAUAUUCGAACUUAGGAGUCGUAAAUUUCAAUUUAAUCCCGGAUAUUCCGCUAGAGGGCGUGCCGCGACAUCAAUGGCUUCUCUUUCAUUUGUGGCAAAACGCAAAACAGAUUCACGAGUAUUUUUUGAAGUACGCAUCGACAACUGGAGUCUUCGAUUCCGAGGAUAUCGAAGCAUUGAAACAUAAAUUUUUGACAUUUUCCUAUCGGGUCAACUCGAUAAAGACUGAAACAGCAUUCAUCAACUUCGCUAAGGACCUGAAACGAUAUUUGAACGAAAUUGGACAAAUUUGUCGCGAUUUAUGGGUGAAAUUUGAUCCGAACUUGAUUUCGCAAGGUUUAGUUAUUACCUUUACAGCGACUUUUUUGAUUUUUGUCAUCAUGAAUCAUCUAAGUUUGUUCCAUUUUGAGGCAGUUUUCACCACAGAUCUGGUUAUUUUUAUCUACAUCUCGAACGCGAUCGUUGGCGCCCUUGGAUAUCUCUUCAGAAGGAGCUUUGCACUUGUCACGGAGGAACAUGCUGUCAUUUUUGCCACAAAUAUCUUCAGUUUAGGCAUUUUAGCGUACAUUGUGCUUCAGAAUUGGCCAAAUAUCGCACAAAAUAUGGAUAAAACCAACAAAUUUGGGAGGAUGCCGUGUCGUGUCAUCUUCCUUUUCUCCUCGAGCGUCUUCUUUAGCAACAGUUUUCUCGUGGAAGAGCAAAAAGUGCUUGGAUAUUUGGUCAUCAGUAUGUUCCUGUACACACUUUAUGCCCUAAAAAGCAGUCUCAAGAUCAAAUUUUCACCAAAAUUGAAACUUUGGAACCUUUUAACCGGAAAAUCUUACCUCGGAUUGAGUUGUUUGGUAACUUUAGCGUCCAUCGGCAUCAUUCGUUACAGUCAAUUCUUCUUCAAAUGUCGCGAGGAGCAGGGAAAUUGCGUGGAUUACAUGUUAUUAGUACGCCCGGAUAUCGUUGAGAAGCAAACAAAGACCGAAAAAUUCGAUUUACUCCCAAUUAUUGCGCUUGCCAUCAUGACAGCAGCUUCCCGGUUGUAUCUCAAGAGUUGCGGAAAUCUCACCGGAUUUUCAUUGAACACGUCGAUCGUGAGAUAUGGAACAACAGUUGCUGCCGUAUGCACGGGAGGUCAUUUUACGUUGGCAAAGUCGUCAAUUGCGCAUAAUGUGCCUCAAUUGCAUAUCGAUGCGCUUGCAUGGGUCGUUUAUGCGACACUUUUGCUUGAAAUUCUAGUUUUGAUGAGUAAACCUUUGUUACUUUUCAUCAUUCCGCGCAAAACGGAGGAGAUUGAAGUGACAUCCAACAAAGAAAUGAUCGUGCCAGAACUUUUUCAACGAAUGAAACAAAAAUAUCGGACAGGAACGGGGCUGGAAAAACCAGAAAGUGCUUCGGUUCCCAUUGUGUGUGGCUUGGCGACAGUUUAUUCCGCUGUUUUUGUGGCAAUUGGAGCAAUUUUGGCGAUUUGUUUGGCUUUGCUGCUCGGACCAAAGGCGGCAAUUGGAUUUUUCUUGGUGAUUUUGGCAGCUUUUGGUGCGUUGAUGUUGUCAGCUGUGCUGAGAUAUGAAUCUGCAACUACUUUGGUUGCUUGCAUUCAACCAACCUUCCCAACCCUCCUACUCUGGUUCCUGCUUGGUCAUUACGGAUUUUACGCAUCAAGUCAUCAACCAACUUUAUCCCAAAUCGAUUGGAGCUCCGCUUUUAUCGGUCGUUCUGCGGAUUACGAUCAUUCAGUAACCCUAUCUGGAUUUCUCGUCAUCUUAAAUACGUUUGCUUCGACAGUUUGGUUCAACGUUCUUUAUCCGCUGAUCAUCAUAGCGCCCUUUUUAUGGUACGGCAUUGUUGGAAAUCGACCAGGAGCAUCAAAGGAUGGCGCUGAAUAUCGCACCGUGACUGUCAAUAAAGCGGAAGAUAUGCUCCAGAUCAAAGAAAUUGACUUUGAUAUCUCGCGCGGCGAAGUAAAUUUGUACGAAAAUGAGAAACGUUUGAUGGCGUCAGCGUUUAAAACUGCUUCUUUACUCUUUGUGAUGCAAGGAAUUCGGAUUUUCUGUUCGAUGCUUGCCUGUACAAUUCACUGCCGACAUCUCAUGGUGUGGAAAAUAUUCGCGCCAAGAUUCAUUUAUGAAGGAAUCACGACGUACGUGUCUUUUAUCGCCCUGUUGUUGGGCUUCCUCAUCUUAAUUAGAGUUCAAAAAGCCGUAAAUCGAUUUAUUGACAACAUUAACAAAGACCGUUAA